AUGUCUUCUCCUGAGUACUUCGCUUUUUUGGUCAUUGGAGUUGCCUUGGUCAUCAGCGGGCUCAUCUUUAAUGGCUUUAUUGUUAUUGUGAUGAUCACCCAAUGGAUUAAAUGCAGGAGACUUGCAUCCAGUGAACAGCUCCUUCUAAGCCUGGGUCUGUCCAAUUUGUGGGUGACAAUUGCCCUUCACGGCUUCUGUUUUACAAAUUUAUCCAAUGACAGUGAUAAAACUGGCCAGACAUGGUUCUCCUUUUUUACCUUUACUGUGAUAUUCAGGUAUUGGCUCACUGCCUUGCUAUGUUUCUUCUACUGCAUCAAAAUCGUGAACAGUACCCACACUUUCUUCCUUUGGUGCAAACUGAAGAUAUCAUGGCUAAUACCCCGACUUCUGGUGGGAUCUAUUGUUAUCUCCUUAUUAGCUUUCAUUGUGACUUUAAGUUUUAUGUAUAUACCAUCAUCCUCAGCCAAUGCUACAACCAUGAUUGAAGCAAAGUCACAAAGUCACAUAAGUAGCAAUAGUUUUCUUAAGUUAUUUUUUGCUGUUGGAUCUGGUUGUCCCUUCCUUUUGGUUUUAUUGUGCUCCAUUUUAGUUGUUGCAUCACUCUGUAGACAUGUCUGUCAAAUGACAAGUAAAGAAUCAAAUUUCAAGAGUUUCCAGACAAAAGCUCAUAUCCAGGCAGCUCGUACAGUGCUCUCUCUGCUAUUACUUUUUCUUUCGUUUUUUGUGGCAGAGGUGUUGUAUAUGUCUGUAGAGAUGAGGCAUGAUAAGCAAUUAUUUCUUUGGGCAGUGAUGGAUGUAUAUUCUCCAGCUCAGGCUGCCAUUCUGGUGCUGAAUAACCCUAAAUUAAAGUAG